GUCACAAAACGAAUAAAGAAAAAAAAACUCGCGACGACGUCGUCGGAAAGGUGUGUGAAAAAAAGCUCCACCACUGAGCGACGAAAAAGAAGAGCAGUGCUGUGAAACGGGUCAUUCGAAAAAAUGUUUUAAUCCGUCGCGCUGGAAUUUCGGUUUCCCUAGUUCCGCGUACUGACCAAAUCUACCGUCGAAGUUCGGUCAUCUACUCUCUGCGUUGGUGCGCGUAAUCGUGGAUUCUAUCUGGACGAUAAGGAAGUUGGAUUUGUUGAAGAUUUGGAGGCUGCUUCCAACUUUUCAUUAUUGGAGAGUGUAGUGAAAACGCGAAGAAAAAAUCGCCCUCCCCCUCCCCUGUUCCACGUCUCAGGUGCCGUCGGCCGAUCGAGAGAAGUGUGUGCAUCAUCGUUUUCAGCUCCGUCGUGUCUUCAUCAUCUCGUUAGGGUCGGGUACGGAAACGGCCACUGCAAAGGACGGGGUUUUUCGGGAGUUUUGUCUUGGUGCGGUGUAGUGAGACAGUGAGCCAGUCGCGCAGUGAAAGAAGGUGAAAACAAAGUCCAGCAUCGGAGAGCCCCACUGUGUGUGGUGCGUCAGCAGCGAUUCUUCGCUGCUGUUGCUUUUCCUCCCGCUUGCUGGCCUGUUUCUGUGCUACGCUUCUUUUUCUUUCUAUUGCCUUCCCCCCAGCCUUGCUUCGGGAAGGUACUGUGUGCGUUUUUCCGGGGAGGUGAUCAUCGAAAGUAUCCAACAGAUCGAUUAAUAAUUAGGGCUUAGGAACACAUUCCUUAGUUGAAUAUCUCUGUUGUGACAAGAAAUUCUUCACUCAUCUUUACACAAUGGAAAUCCUUACUUCGACGACGUCGCAAGUCAAUGGAAUAACUACAACGACGCCCCAGAAGAAAGAUAUCGAUCCGAAAGAGAACCUCUGGUCGGCUAUCCUCAGUGAAGUACAAACACAGAGCAGUACCAAGCUACCCUCGAAUAAGUCAGUGUUAGUGCUGGGCGACAAUGCGAGCGGCAAAACGACGCUGAUUGCAAAACUUCAAGGCGUUGAAGACCCCAAAAAAGGCUCCGGCCUAGAAUAUGCGUACAUAGACGUUCGGGACGAAUAUCGAGAUGAUGUCACCCGGCUCGGAGUGUGGAUAUUGGACGGCGAUCCCGGGCAUACCAACUUACUUAAGUACGCACUCAACGAGUCGAAUUACGCACACACACUGGUCAUUCUGACGCUAUCGAUGACGACACCAUGGAGCUGGGUGGACCAGCUGGAACAUUGGAUCAAGAUGCUAGAUGAUCACAUAGCGGGACUGAAAAUCGAUCCGGAGGAACGACAACAGUGCCGUCAGAGGCUCGUUACGGUGUGGCAGAGCUACUGCGACACAAUCGACGAACUGGAUCCAGGGUCCCCCAUCAAAAGAACCAAUCGUCUAUCGUCGGUGGACGACGAUCUGGACGCGCUUCCCCUUCCCGAAGGUGUACUAACGACCAAUUUGGGCUUAGAUGUAGUAGUUGUUGUAACGAAAACCGACUAUAUGACCACACUGGAGAAGGAGCUCGACUACCGAGAUGAGCACUUUGACUUCAUGCAGCAGUGGAUCCGUCGGUUUUGUCUGGUGUACGGGGCGUCGCUGUUCUACACCAGCGUGAAGGAGGACAAAAACUGCGACCUGCUCUACAAAUACCUAACGCAUCGAAUCUACGGGUUACCGUUCCGUACACCGGCGCUCAUCGUCGAAAAGGAUGCUGUACUAAUACCCGCUGGCUGGGACAAUAUGAAGAAAAUCAACAUAUUGUACGAAAACAUGCAGUCGUGUAAACCGGAUGAUUACUAUAACGAUAUUAUUGCACAACCGCCUUCACGAAAGACUGUGUCCAAUCGAGAGAUUGAAGUUCAGACCGAGGAAGAGCAAGCAUUCCUCAGCCGGCAGCUGCAGCUGUUGCAGCAGGGCCAGACGCCAACGCGCGGAGAGUCACCGAUGCGGUCGCAGAACAGUGCGAGCAAAUCGUCUCCACGGACACCAGGAUCGGCCGGUGCGCAAGGAUCACCGAAAAAGGUCGAUGGCAAGCUCAAUCCCGGCACGCCCAGCGGCGAAGGCGUGCUGGCCAACUUCUUCAACUCACUGCUGCAUAAAAAGUCCGGCUCACCGGCUGCGGCCAGCUUAGCGGGCACCGGCGUGUCACCGCGGGCUACCAACGGGGGCGAUCUGGUCACGGCCAGCGAGAAAAUUUCCAUGCGAACUGACGCUGCCAUGGAGUUGGACCGUUUGGCGCGCAGCGUCAAGAAGGACCUCGACUUUUCAGCACAGACCGAUUGUUAAAUAGGUGGUAGAUCGAGCAGCAAAAGCUAAUAAGAAACAAAACAAGUGGGUGUACGACAAUGAACCUCACAAUGUCACACAUACGCAGAGGCACACUUACACAUUCAAACAUAUUCACCCACAUGGUAACAUGCGCUGAGAUAUAUGGUGAGCCUUUUUUCCAGGGUUGGAGACCUCCCUGAUACCGUUCAGGGUGGGGAAAUUCGUGCACGUCGUGUGAUAAUUUGGCUUGGAUUGGCUUAGAAUUGUACGAAGAAGUUAUAGCAUGCGAGAAAGUGUGAGAAUGCGAUUGGAUUUGGAAACGUUGGUUUGCCUGAAACCGAGCUGGAGUGCGUGUCGAUUUUUCUAUUGUACUCUCGGAUAAGCAAGAGAAAAAUGUGUGUCUGUGGUUGGGGAAAAAUGCUUAUCGAAAACCACUUUUAGUAGUUAGGCAGUGCGAGUAAGUGUAUCGAGAUUAAGUUGAUAGAGAAGUAUAAAUAAAAACCAACUGAGCAAAACACGAAUGAAUAUAUAUAGCUCUUUCUGCUUCUGCCUUCGGUACUCGCCUAUAAGUUACUAAUUUAUUGACCUGUGGCAGACAUUUUCUACUGCAACGUUCCUAAAUUUGUUCAAGAAAUUAUUGAAAAAGUUUAAGAUUGGGUAUUUUCCUAGGUUUUUGUUUCUUUGGAAUAACAGAAAAUCUCAUUGCAUGUUGUAUCCAGUUGAUUUUAACCAUAUGGCACCGAUUUGCGAGAAGCAGAGAGGAACGAAAGUAUCCCUAAGAAAGAAUGCGCAACGCAAGUGAGAGUAAUACAUUACUACUAAUUAAAAUAAAAAAAAACUAACUUAUAUCGAAUUGAUAAUAAUUUGCAGCUUAGAGAUGGUUAAAGAAUUUAAAAUAACUUAACUUAUAGAACAAAAACACAUUUAUCCAUUGAAAUUCCUCAUUAAAGAAAAUCAAAAAAACAAGAACGAUAAUGCGAAUCAAGUUAAUCGAGAUCUUUUUUUUUUCUUUUUUUCGGUCCACUUAUUGUUAUCAUUGCACAGUGCGAAGCAAAAAAAUGAUUUUUUUUUCAUAUUGAGGUAAAGCGAAUAUUUUGAAAUAUUGCAUAGUGUUCUUUUUAUCUGUCGUUGAAAUAUAUUUGCGAAUGGAUUCAUUUUUUUUUUUCAAGCAAGUGUAAUAGACAUUUAAAUACAGUUUUUUUUUGAAAAAGUAUCAGCACUGAUAAACGUUGAAAUAGGCAUUCGGCUUUCACAGGGUUUUUGUAAAAUUAAAACCAUUUCCAUACGAUCAUCCCGUAGUUUUAUCUACAGUAUGCGAGAUCUUACUGAAUUCGUUUGGAUCGUGCGUUUGUUUUUCACUGUGCAUUACCAUAACCUCGGGACAUCUUUUUUGUAAUAAUCCGUUUUAACCUUAGUUUGAAUUUGUAUUUCAGGAACCAGAUCGUACUCAUAUUUGUUUUGUUUAAACCUGUUUUAAAUAAUCAAAACCGUGUUGGUUCUUAGCUUGUGGUAGAAAAAGUUGGGAACAACAAAACGUGCAGUAUUUAUGAAUGUUAUACACCUACCAAUCUAUUAAAAAGUCGUGCAAAAAUUAUCAUUACUGUCCAUUAUUCUUUAUAGCAGCGUGCUUGUCUGCUUGGUUUUGUUGUAUAAAUUUUCAAUUAUCUGAGCGAUGAAGUUUUGUUUAUAUUAUUAGUUUAGACAGAGAGUAAUUUUUAUCGAUUUUUGUUUUAAACAAAAAUCUGAAAGAUUCAACACAACUAAGGCCGAGCGAUCAUAUGGAUCAUUAAUUUAUGCUGAUUUAAUGUAGAGAAGAAAAAACAUAUAUUAUCUGCAAGCUGGGCGAAAAUGUCUAGCUAUUGGGAUAUAAAAUUCGCUAAAGUCAGUCGCCACAACAGCCGCACCAUUAACGAAAACAAUGGUUUUCCCGGUAGGAGCAUAUAUCUGUAGCAAACUGUACUACUAAAUAAAUAUGUAAUGACAUGAUCCCUCUUGAGGAACUAGACGCAGGAAAGGAACCAAUUUGGUCUAACAUUGAGGAUAAAAUCAGACCACUACUGAAAAACAAGUAAAAUGAAUUAUUGCAAAAAGGGAACAGAAA